CAUGCGACAAUCAUUGUCAAAUAAUGCAUACGUUAAAAUUAGUAAUGAUAGGGCCGACUGGGAGCGGAAAGACAACGAUAGCGAAUUUUCUGGCGGACGCCACGGAAAUCUCAUACGAUUAUCACCCCACCCAGGGGGUUCGAAUACUCGAGUUCGAAGUGGACGACGUCGAGGUGAACAACGAGCGUAUCUUGAGAGACAUCGAGCUGUGGGAUUGCAGCGGAGAUCACAAAUUCAAGAAUUGCUGGUCUGCUAUGCGCAAAGGUGUACACGGUGUGAUACUCGUGUACAGCGCGCAGAUGCCGGAUUCUUCGAAAGAAUUGAAAGAAUUUUACGAUUACUUUGUUAACGGCUCGAAGCUGGGUCCGAAUAGCUGCGUAAUACUUCAUUUCGAUCCCGAUAACGCUGCAUCGAAUGCGUCGAAGAUCAUUUCGUCUAGCUUCUCAAGUGUCUCUCAUGUCAAGUGUAACGUCGAUGAAGGUGGUGAUAAAUUGAAAACCGACUUUCGCUUAUUCCUAAGUGCCUUGAUGACGAAUUUGCAAGAGGACAAGGAAGAGAAACUGAUAUUGAGCGAUAAUAUAUUAUUCGCUAAAUAAUAUAUAUUCAUAGAUCAAGAAUAUGUAUAUAUAUCCACACGUGUCUAAAAGAUGUCUCAGAGACGUCUUUCGGACGUCUUAUUUUCUCAAAGCAUCUUUACAGCAUCGUAGUGUUUUCUAGAUAUGUAUAUAUAGGCAGUAUAUAUAUGAAGAUAUUAUUUUAUACAUUUCAAUAUCUUUAUAUCUUUAUUAACAUAUAUCUAUUAUUAUCCUUUUUUACACUCCUUGUGACAAGUGCACUUAAAUAAUAAUACACUAUCGAUAUUUCGUACGUACAAAAUUGUAUCACAAAGUAAAU